UAAAGAGCCAGACUAAACUGGAAAAUAAAAUCUUAACUGCUACAGAACCAUCAAGAUAUGUACAUUUACAAUGAUACAUGUCUGAAACAUGGCACAGGCUCUUUCCAGUUGAAAAAGAUGCCACGCAAAGGAACAGAAAAUCUGGAAAGCCUAAUGAAAAGGGACAGCCCGGUUUUACACAGUCUGGCAGAAGGAUAGCGCUGCCCUGAGAUUAGGGGAUUGAGCAAAAAGCCGGCAUGCAGAAUUGUGGGGUUUUAUAUAAUGGCUUCAGUAAAUAUCCUUUAGGACCCAGUGGAAAUGUUUGGUGAGGCAAACUUCAUGAGUAAUGGCCAAUCAUUAAGCAGUGAUGAGGCAAAAGCUUUGAGUGAGAAGCCCCUGAAUGCCUGUCGAAAACAUCACGUUGGGAAAGCAGUGUUUCUACCACCGAUCGCCGACGAAGACGCGAAUUAGAGUUGAUUCAAUGCUUAAACCCGGGGGGACUUGUACUACAGGAGGUUACUGGAGUGCAGAGUGCCCGAAUCCUAUUUCCAGCAAGAUGCCUUAUUUUGCAAAACUCCUUUUAUUAAUCUUUUGCUUAGUUCUUCUUGUGGAAAGCAGAAAACACAGGAGGAGGAGGUGGACAAGCCAGCUGGAGGUGCAGAGGGCAAGUCAUAUCUAUAAGAAGAAUCAUGACGUGACCAAAACCCGGAAAGGAAAGACGGAGCAGCUUCUCAGAGUGGACGACCAUGACUUCACCAUGCGGCCGGCUUUUGGAGGCCCUGCAAUUCCUGUUGGGGUGGAUGUGCAAGUUGAAAGCUUGGACAGUAUUUCUGAGGUUGACAUGGAUUUCACUAUGACUCUGUACUUAAGGCAUUACUGGAAGGAUGAGCGUCUCUCAUUUCCCAGCACCACCAACAAGAGCAUGACCUUCGACGGCAGGCUGGUAAAGAAGAUCUGGGUCCCCGAUGUCUUCUUCGUGCAUUCCAAAAGGUCCUUCAUUCACGAUACCACCACGGACAACAUCAUGCUGCGAGUGUUCCCCGACGGUCAUGUCCUCUACAGCAUGAGGAUCACAGUGACAGCAAUGUGCAACAUGGACUUCAGCCGCUUCCCCCUGGACUCUCAGACGUGUUCUCUGGAGCUGGAAAGCUAUGCUUACACUGAUGAAGAUCUGAUGUUGUAUUGGAAAAAUGGGAAUGAAUCUCUGAAAACUGAUGAAAAGAUUUCUUUGUCUCAGUUUCUGAUACAAAAAUUCCACACUACAUCAAGACUGGCUUUCUACAGUAGCACAGGUUGGUACAACCGCCUCUAUAUAAACUUCACUUUACGCCGACACAUCUUCUUCUUCUUGCUCCAAACCUACUUCCCUGCCACCCUCAUGGUCAUGUUGUCCUGGGUGUCCUUCUGGAUCGAUCGCCGAGCGGUUCCUGCCAGAGUCUCGUUGGGGAUAACCACCGUGCUGACCAUGUCCACGAUCAUCACUGGGGUGAACGCCUCUAUGCCUCGUGUUUCCUACAUCAAAGCAGUGGACAUUUACCUGUGGGUCAGUUUUGUGUUUGUCUUCCUCUCGGUGCUGGAAUACGCAGCAGUGAAUUACCUGACUACGGUGCAAGAGCGGAAGGAGAGGAAACUGCGGGAGAGGUUUCCAUGUACAUGUGGAAUACCUCAUUCAAAAACUAUGAUGCUGGAUGGAAACUACAGUGAAUCUGAUGCCAACAGCCUGGCAGGAUAUACAAGAAACCAGAUGGUCCCAGAGGAAGAAAAACAAGAAAAGAUGGUUGUGCACUUAGCUAUGAGCAAUGAAUCUCAUUCAUCAAGGAAGAGAGGCCUGAAGGGCCAUGUGGGCUUGCGCAUCAUCCAGAACAGUCAUGCAAUUGAUAAAUACUCAAGAUUAAUAUUUCCAGGCACCUAUAUAUUUUUUAAUUUGAUAUAUUGGUCUGUCUUUAGCUAAGUAUGCUGGCACAGCAGUGACUGAAGCAGAAGAUAUUUACAAAACUCUCUUUUGUUGGUUCUUUUUCAGUCUAAUCUGGAUGCAAAGCCAGAAAACCGAUUAUUUUAUUGCUUCUUUGGAGGGUAAAGGGGAGGACACAUCCUCCAGCGGGCAACUCCAUGCACAGGCAUCAUGGAGGAACCUGCUGUGCUGGUUGCUUUCCAAGCCACACCCCAGCUCCCAUUUGCUUUAUGACACAUGUCGUUUCUCAUACUUGAAAUUAUGUGCUCACCAUUCACCCAAAAGGUGCUGUAAGUUCAUUUGAGGCCAGCCGCACUGGUGGUGCCUGCUGUGCAAUGGACAACCAGAGACAGUGCUCACAUGGGCUGUCAGGGAUUAGACAAAUGCAACUUGCGAGGGGAGGUCUGGACAGUGCAUCUCCUGUACGGGAACUGAAUGAGGCCUUUCCUUUCCAAAAGCUCUGCUUUUGAGAAAAUCCUUUUAUUUUUCUUUGGCAUAUGAACAUCAUAUUUGUUUCCAUUGGUUUAUGAAGAAGACCUCCUUUUAGGGUCCAAAUUCUGCUUUCUCUGGAAAGGACCUUCACUGAUACGAUUAGGACAGUUGACUGGCCAGGAUCAACAGGGUUGGCUACAGAGUGCAGGUGGUAUGUUUGAGGCAGUAGUCAUUUUUUGUUCCAGAUUAGAAGCAAGGAGUGAUGAUGAAACAGAGCAAAGAAGCCCACAGACUCACGAGAAGAUGGCUCCCAGGGUACAUGGGUAAUGAAAACAGGGAGGUUUAGGCAUGUGUUCUCCAUAUAACUUGAGCACAGCACAUGAUAUGUAGCACUUGCCCUCUAAAAUGAGAGGGGAAGCUGACGUGUAGCAUGUACUGCUAGCACAUGGUAAAUAGGCAGUGUCUCUGGGACCAUUACUUUCCCUCUCCAGAAGCAGAAAACAGUGUUGAGGACAGCACUGGUGGCUUUCACGUUUUUUCCUCACCCCUGUGAGGAAAGUGCAGCCCACAGAGAAACUGUUUAUCCCAAUGUGCCUCUCCCAAUCAACACAUUGUCCUUCUGUUCAGGCAUUUUGGAUCAAGAGGGAGAGAUGUCUGCCAGAACCUCUCUCUGCAGAAACAUAGGCAUAUCAGAGAUUAAAUGGCCAAGAAUAAUACUGUGGGAUUCAAUGAGAUCCUGUCUGGCCUCUGGCUCCAAGGUCAAUGUAAGUCCUUUGAAGCUGCUGGAGAGCAUUGUAACAAGCUUCUGUGCUUGGCAUUUCAUUUUUCAUCCUGCGAUAUCUCCCUUUCCUUUACUAACAACGCUGACAGCAAAACCCAAGUGCGGAAACAUGAUAGCAACAAGACAACGAUGUCCAGGUUUGUGUGCUCCUUAUUUUUAGAAAACACCAUGACUUUUUGGCUGUGGUGGAGAUUAUGUUCAUCAAAAUAUUUGGUUACCAAGCUGAAACUCGGGAGGGUGGGCAGAGCCUGAAGCGUGAAGACCCAGGGCUAAGGUUAGAAGCUAACUCAAUUAUAAGAUUAAGUUAUACAUCUGACUGGGGUUGGGCCAUGAAGAUUCAGAUAAAUCACAUGAAUAAAGGAAAAGCAAACAAAAGUACUAAUAAAACUGUAACUAUUUGUUGGCAUGAGAAAUGUUCUGCUUACCAUAGCAGUAAUUCUUACGCCCUAAAUCUCAAGGGAUGUAGAAGAUGGCAAGGAAUUGUUAACUCCAGGCUGUCAGCAAUACCCAGAUUUUCCCUUGUGCCUCAAAUAUUGCUGCCUAAAUUACACUGAUGGUUGCACUAAUUUACUGGAAACAAAAUUGAUGAGAGAAACUAAAAUUAACAACUGUGUUCCCCUUUCAUCAGCCAUGUUAAUAACUGACUUGAAUGGAGUUCUGUCUGACCAUAAAGUAAGAAAACACAGCCCUGAAAUUGCUGGCAAGAAGAGGAGCCAUGGAAGGACAGUAUCUGAAAGGAAGGAUUGCCCUGUAUCCCAGCCUGCCACUUCUCUCCUGAGCCACCAGAUCAGUGCAUUUACCACACACCACUCUUCUUGGACCUGAAAUCUGGAUACUUCUCACAUCGACAGGUGGAGAUCACUACAGUAAAGACGCAAAAAAUAUUAAAGAAAUAGCCCACUCAUCUUUUGCGAGGUUAAAGCCUGGACAUAACAGUGUGUGUUCUUCAGCAUUAGGAGUUUUGAGCAUAAAACAGGAACCAACGCCACGGCUGGCAGCAGGACAGUGCAGCGAAGGGACCUUGGCUGGGGGAAGGCAGCAGAACUGCCCCAUGAAGUCACCAGUGCGGGGAGUGAGAAACUUGGUUCCUGUGCCCCCUGUUUUGCCAGUCUUUCUGCAUUACUCAUGGCACGUGCCAUUUAACCUCUCAGUGCCUCAUCUCCUCCAUCUGGAAAGUGGGGAGCAAUAACUUGUACCUACCUCAUGAGGUGCCGAGGGGCUUAACUUGCUUAACUAGCACGUGUGCGGAGCACGGUUAUGAUUUCUGAGCAAGUCACCCAGUGGGAAUACAAAGGUUUUUGUCUUAGUUACCACUGAGUUCUUCAAAUGUGUCCUCUGAUUCAGUCCAGCUGGAAGAAAGCGCAUAUCUCACCUGCCCUAUAGUGGUAUUAAGCCAGAUAACUCCCUCGCAUUACAAUGAUAUUAAACCAGAGAUAAACGUAACCCAACAGCCAAAAAGUGAGCACUGUCAAUGAAUAAAGCCUCCUGCCAUACAAAAAAAAAA